AUGAAAGGGGGGGGGGGUCGGGGAAGGGGUGAAAGAGAAAAAGGGAAGGGACACCAUAGGAGCCGCAGGGAAGGAAGAAGGGCAAGGCGGAAUGGGGGCAGGAACGACGGCAAUGGCUGGGAGGGGGGGAAGGGCACCAUGCCGGGGGCGGGGGCGGGGAUAAUAGAUAGAGAGGCGGAAAGGGGGGAGGAGGAACGGGGGGGGGACGGGAGAGCAGAAGGAAAGCAGCAACAACCUGGGGAGGAGAUGGGAAGGCGGAAAGGGGAGUCACAGCAGCACAACCGCGCCAACACAAGGGGGAAACGCAGGCACAAGAGGCAACCGAUGGCUCGCGCGGCAGAACGGCGAAGGGGGGAACAGGGGGUGGGCAAAACAGGGCCGGGGACGAGGGAAAAACAAAAGCGACCGGGAAAAGGGGGGAAAACAGGCACGGAGGGAGCAAGGAGGGGCACAACACUUGGAGCUUUAGCUAUUGGUGUGGGAUAA